UAAUGCUUUGUGAUCACUGCGUAUUAUUGGCUGAUUCUGAAUGAUCGUGAGUGAUUCUUGGCAAGCACGUGCGCACAUGUGCAAGUGUUUUCACAUUGUGUUUAUAUAGAUUAUUUACCUAAUAUAAAUCCCGACAUAUUACAUAAAGUUCUUCAUCUUCAUUAUUGGUCUUAAAAAAUAAAUAAAUUCAGAAGAAGAGAUAAGAAAAUCUAUCGAGAGAAAGGAAAACGUCCACUAUGAAUGAUUCCGACGAUGAUAGCUCUGACAGCAGCAACGAUUUUGGUGGCAUUAUACCAAAGGAUGAGCUAACAGCUAGUUUUUUUUCUAUAAAACCGACAGUAAAGCCUAACUUAGUGAGCUCAAAAAGCGAAGAUGAGAGCAGCGAUGAUGACAAUUUCACAACUGUUCAAAAUAACAUCAACUUGUUCUCAGAAGUAGUGAAGAAUCUGGAAGCCUCGCAGAAGCCUCAUGUAAAUAAUGAGGAACCACAGCAACAUUAUUCCAGUGACGAUGGGUUACAGGAUGUUAAGAAAGCCAGGAUUGAAAAGAAGAAUGACAAUAUAUCAGACGAAAUAAACGCGGUUUUACUCCAAGGAGAAAGUAGAACGCAUGCAUAUCAUAAUGAUGAAAGUACAGAUGAGGAGAAAAAAGAGGAAGAGGAUGUUGAACGUCCUGCUGAUUAUGCUAUACCUAAAGAAGGUGUUAAUAUAACUUUGCCAGGUACAAGUAUGAUUUUCAAGAAGAAAAAAGGCAGUAAGAAAGAAUCAGAUCUAGCUGCUCUUCUACGGAGAAAACUAAAGGCCAAUCAGAUAAUUAUAGAAAAAGCAGCUCGACUUUGUUGGUUGGCAUAUGGAUUCUACUUGAAUCGGCAAGCAAAUGAUCCUGAACUAAUGGCAAUAACAGUAUCUCUAAUCUCAACAAAUAAUUAUCCAAAGGAUGGUUUUGAUUUGACAUAUUUAGCAAAACUCACAAAAUGGUUCAGAAAUAUGUUUACAAUAGAAUCUACUGACAAUGAAGUCAUUAUGAAUAAGGAAACAUUGUUAAAAAGGAUAGCGGAAAAGAAAAUUUUCAAUUAUAGAGAAUUGGUAAUAUUAUAUGUGGCAAUACUAAGAGGUAUUGGCUUACAUUGUCGUCUAAUAGUGUCUCUUAAUCCACCGCUUGUAAAAGCUUAUAAUGACUUAUUGCCUAAAACAAGUACAGCAAAGAAAAAUGAAAAUAAAGUUAAAGAAGAACCAAAAAAAGGUAAUAAAAAGGCAGAGCUUUCUAAAAAAGAUAAGAAAAAUACAGAUCCAAAAGAGAAAGAUCUCAAAAAUAAUGUAAUUCAGAAUAAUGAAAGUGCACGAAAAAAUGCUAAUUUAGAAGCAAAGAAAAGGGCAGCAGAGAUUCUUCGCUCAAAGUACUCAUAUACUAAGAAAAACAAAGAUACUUUAAAUAACAGUAUUUCUCAAAAUAAAGCUUCUACAUCAAAAGAUAUCAAAACAGAUUCUACAAGUUUAGAAAAGGUAAACACUGCUCCGUCUCCAAGACGUUUAAGAUCUCGUAAAAUAUAUGAUACUGCAUUGAACAAACAGCAAAGCAAUAUAGAGACUAAUUCAGAAAAUAAUCAAUCUAAUACAAAAGUUUCUAAGAGACUAUCAUAUAUUCCUGACUCAAGUUCAGAAGAAGAUGAAAAACAAUCUAGUAAGCAAAAGAGAAAACGAAAUAAUAACAAUAAAACAGUUAAAUCUGAACAUAAGAAUGAAAAGAAAGACUCAAUAUCUGAUGAUGAAGAAACUGAUAAUAAUGACAAAUUAAAAAAGAGACAGGAUGUAUGGGUUGAAGUAUAUGUAGAAUCCAAAGGAUGCUGGAUAUGUAUAAAUGUAAUAGAUGGAAAUGUAGAUUGCAUAGCUGAUAUAUAUAGAAAGGCCAGCAAACCAGUAUUAUAUGUAAUAGCUUAUAACUCGGAUGGAUUAAUAAAAGAUGUCACAAGACGUUAUUGUCCACAGUGGCUUUCUGUUACUCGUAAGCAACGUAUUGAUGAGAAAUGGUGGACUGAAACUUUAGUUUAUUGGCUAGAAAAAGAGACAGCCAUGUCUAAAAAAGAAGAUGAAUUACUUUUGGAAAGAGAGCUGGAACAGCCAUUGCCUAAAACUGUUUCCGAAUGUAAAGGACAUCCUUUAUAUGUGCUGGUAAGGCAUUUACUCAAAUAUGAAGCCUUAUAUCCGGCGGAUUGCGUACCACUCGGACAUUUAAAAACAGGUGAAGCUAUUUAUUCGAGAUAUUGCGUGCACACGCUACGUUCACGAGAAACCUGGAUGAGGAAAGCUCGAGUAGUUAAACCAAAACAAGAGGCUUACAAGAUAGUUAAAGCACUUCCAAAAUAUGAUAAGCUUUCAGGCAUGAAACUUAAAGAUUCUGCAUUAGAACUAUUCGGAGAAUGGCAAACUACAGAAUAUGAUCCACCAGAAGCUAAAGAUGGCAUUGUACCUCGUAAUGAAUAUGGAAGCGUAGAUUUGUUCAAGAAAAGUAUGCUUCCAAAAGGCACAGUGCACAUCAAUCUUCCAGGAUUGAAUCGAAUUGCCAGGAAACUGAACAUAGAUUGUGCGACUGCUGUAGUGGGUUUCAAUUUUGGUUGCAAGGGUGCCACACCAGCCACUGAAGGUUUUGUUGUAUGUGCCGAAUACGAAGAUACAUUACGAGAAGCUUGGGAAUCAGAACAGGUCGAAGCAGCUAAACGCACUGCCGAGAAAAGGGAAAAGAGAAUUUACGGCAAUUGGAGAAAACUCAUUAAAGGUUUACUUAUUAGGGAAAAAUUAUCGCAAAAAUACGAGUUUCAAAAGGAAUCGAAAACCGAGCAAAAACGUCCAAAGCAACGAAAAGGCACCGUAAAAAAAUCUAAAACCUAAUAGAAUGCGUAUAUGAAUGUUAAUUUUAUUAAUUGAAACUCUUUGUUUAUUGAAAAAUCCUUAUUUCAAGAAUGAAACAUUAUUCGUAUUAUGCUAAACAUUUACAAAUGAUAAUUAUAGAUGGUUACUGUUAAAUUAACUUUUUUUCACUAUUUUAUACAAUAAUAAGUUAGAUAAGAAAUAAUGGUACUUUUUGUUUUGUAUUGCAUGAUGACUGUAAACAUUUUUUUUUAUAAAU